AUGAAGAUUUAUCAGACUCUUUUUAUAAUUAUAAGUGUCUAUGCUUCUAAAAUUACACUAAACGAACGUAAAUACUUCUAGGAUGAAAAUGGAGCAAUACGCAUUUUUCAUGGAUUUAAUGUUGUAUAUAAAUAACCACCUUACAUUCCAAAGACAGAAGGAUUUGAUUAUAUGGAAACAUUUAGUGAAAUAGAUUGUUAAAUCAUAAGAGACAAUGGUUUCAAUGUAAUUAGGUUGCAUGUUUCAUUUGAAGGGGCAAUGCCAAAGAAAGGGGAGUUAGAUGAAAAAUAUUUAGAUAAGAUUUUAAUGAUAGUAAGAAUGACAGCAAAGUACAAUAUAUAUGUUAUUUUGGAUGCUCAUCAAGAUUUAUAUAAUCGUUAAUUCUGUGGCAAUGGAUUUCCUGAUUGGGCUACUUAAAAAACAGAUUUUCCAUCUCCAAAUAAAAUGUAAAUGAGAUUUGAUUCUUAAGGGUAUCCUUUAUUAGAGGAUUGUUAUUAGUAACAAUUUGCUUUGUUUUAUUAAACAAAUGAUAUAGGAAGACAUUUUGAAUUGCUUUAUUCUAACCAUGAUGGGUUGGCUGAUUAUUUUGGUUAAUUUUGGCAGUUAGUAGCAGAUAAACAUAAAAAUGAAUGGAAUGUAAUAGGAUAUGACAUUUUUAAUGAACCUUCUCCAGGACAUUUUGAAAAAAGUAAAAUUGACUUUUUAUGGCCAGGACAUGCAAAUAACAAAUAUUUAUUGCCAUUCUAUAAAUUAAUUCAUAAUUAUAUCCGAAAAGUUGAUAAUGAAAAAUUAAUAUUUUUUGCACCUGAUUUUCUUGAUGCAUUUGGAGGUGGUUUUGAUAAGAAUAUAGGUGGAUAAGAAUAUAUUAAUAAAGAAGUAUUUAGUUAUCAUGUUUAUUGUGGAAUAUAAAAAAUAUCAUCUUGGUUUUGUAAUAAAAUUCAUUAAUUGAUUUAUUUUUUGAAGAUGAGAAAUGUUGAACAUCUUAAAAUAGGUGGAUUUUUAACAGAAUUUGGAGCUCUUGAAAAUGAUGAAGAUUCUAUUUAUAUACUGAAUUAUAUACUUGAUAAAGCUGAUAGUUAUUAAUAAUCAUGGGCUUAUUGGUAAUAUAAAGGAUAUUAUGAUUAUACAACUAUGUCAACAAUGUAUGAAGAGGGACUAUUUAAUGAAGAUGGUACAUUUUAAAAUAAAAAAAUUAUUUCAUUAAAAAGACCUUAUGCUUAUUAAAUUUGUGCAGAUUAUUUAGAAUCUAAUUAAUAUUAUUCUGAUACAAAAGAAUUUAUUUUAUAAUUUAAAUCCAAGUAAGGUUGUUAGACAAAAGUAUUUAUUCCUAAAGAAUUAAAUUAAUCUUAAAUUUUUGAUUAUAAAUGCUAAAAUUGUUAAUUAUUCUGGAUUGAAGAUUAACAUUAUGAAGUAGUGGGAGAAGGAGAAAUUGAUUUAUAUUUUUAAUUAUGA